AUGGAGAUAGCGGCGUAUUCAAAGUUUUACAGCCCUAAAGUUAAUUUUUAAAAAGCUUUCAUUAAUUUGAAAAGAAAUAAUCCUAAGACAUUCAAAACAUUAAUUCAAGAUUAGAUUUAGAAAAUUGAUUCUCAAAAAAUAAUAGAAGAUUAUAAAGAGAAAAGUAGACAACGUUAAUGUAAUAACAUUUAAUAAUUUAUAAAGAAACAACUAGAUUUUUGAGAUCACGCUAAUAAGCAUCUUAAAAUUGUCUAUAAAGUAUUGUAAUUGAUAGUUUUGAGAAAAAAAAUUUUUUAUCUUCACCUACAUCUCCUGCUACUCCUAGACAUAAUUCUGUAACAGGAGAAAAGUCUAUCAAUUUCAAUACUACAUACACUUAAAAAAGACGAUAAAUGCAGUAAAUAGAAAAUUUAUUUACAGAAUAAAUUAAUAACGAAAAUAGAAAUUCUCUCCUUGAAUAAACGGAAAAAUUUAUUGCAGAAACUCUAUCAUAAGAAUUUAGAGAAUUAGGAUCAUUAUUUAAUAAAUUUAUGUAAGCUAAAAAUAAUGAAUUAAAUGAGUAAUAAAUAGAUUUAAAUAACAACGAAAAAAAAUAAGAAAUUUUAAAACAGGAAGAAAUUCUUAGAAUUGAUAGAAAUUUUAAUUAAAAAAAAGUGUAAUAUGAAUUACAAAUUUAUAAUCUUAAUCAAGAAGUCGCAUAACUGCAAUCUAAAAUAAAAGAUAUUGAAACUAAUUUUAUUAUUAUAGUUGAUAAAAACAAUUAAUUAACAAAUAAACUAACUUUAAAAAUGAAAGAAAUUAGCUUAAAACAUUAAUAAAUAGUAAAAUUAUAAGAAGAUAAAAACUAUCUUAUAAGAAAAAUUAAAAUUUUAAAUUCUAGAAAUAAAUAAUCUAUGGGUAAUUCAUAAAGGGAAGAAGCUUUAGAUGAUAUUGAUAGUAUCAAGCGAUCCAUUGAUUCAUUAUCAAAUUCAUAGAAUUUAGAAAAAAUGAUGAUGAUUAAAUCUGAUUCAUUUUCUUUAGACAACUAUUCAGAUAGCAUUGAUAUGGGUGAAUAUCGAUUAGAUGAAGUAAUAUUAAAUCAUGAUGCAAUUAUUGAAUAUCGAUCAUAAGAAACUUAAACUACAUUUGAAUUGUUGUGUAAUCUCUAUUCUGUUACUGAAACAUAAACUUAUAUUACUCUACUUGAUAAAAAAUAUGAAGUAAUUAAUCAAGAUUUCAUUGAUAAUGCCCUUCAUUAUAUAGAUUUUUUUCUAUCAUUAAAUGAAGAAAUCUCGACUGAUAAUCCAUUUAAAUCCAAUUAGGAAUAUACUUAAUCUGUAUAUGAAAAUUAAUAUAAUACUAUGAUGAUAUCUUAAUAACCUACUUCUAUCACUAAUAUAAUCGAUAAGAAUUUCUAAUCUAAUAAAAAUGAUUUAGUGCCUUUUAUGAAGUAUUUGCAUGAAAGAUAAUUAGAAAAUGAGAAAAUAUCUAUAUUUUAAAAAUAAGAAAUUUCGGAAUUAAAUUCUCAAUUAAUUUAAAUAGUAAAAGAUAAAGUAGAAAUUAAAGAUGAAAACUAUUAAUUAAAAAAUGAAAUAUAAGAAUUAUUAAAAAGAUUAGAACUUUUAGAAAAUUAAUCCAAUCUAUAACGUCCUCUUGAAAUUUUAUCAGACACUGAAAUUUAAAUAGAUGAGACUAAAUUAAAGAAAACAUCAAGUAAAUAAGGAAGAAAAAUCAGAACAAUUAGAAAUUUAGGAAGCAAAGUAAUUAAUUUAAUUAAAAAAAUAGAUUUCAAUCUCUUAUGAGUUUCAAAGAAAUUAAUCAAGAUUAUUAAUAGAAAAAGUAAAAAAUAAAACUCCAUCUAAAUUUACAAAUUAUAUGCCAAUAAAAUUAGUACUUAAAUUCAUUUUUACAAUCUAUUAAGAUAAAAUAUAUAAUCAAAGAGAAAAUAAACUUUUAAGAGACUAAGAUUUGGCAUCAUAUAUUUAUAACUAUUUUUUACAAUAGUUUGGAUAUACGAAAAUAACAGAGUAAAGAUUUUUAAUUCUAAUUUUAUCAAUCAAAAAAUAUUUAAAUGUCAUAAGAGUCAAUAUAUUUGCCAAAUUUUUAGGAUUAUUAGAAGAUAAAGUUAAUUAUACUGUAGAGGAAUAAUAAAAAUAUCUUUAAGCACAUGAAUUUAUCCAAAACUAACAUUAAUUAGGUGUAUAAGUUAAAGAUAAUGAAUAUAAUUUGAAAUUUUAUGUGCCAUAUUUAAGAGCUCUUGCUUAUGUGUCUAGUUUAUAAAAUUGGUAUUUUUCUGGUGAAGAAAUGUAUUAUUUAAAAUAAGAAAUUGAAUUAUUAAAAGAAUAAGAUGAUAAAAAUAAAAGUGGAAUAAUAGAUUUUGAUUAGAUGAUGCUUAGAGUACUUGUAGUAUUUAGAAAUAAUAUUGAAAAAACAAAAUUAUACGUUAUAAAUUCAUUUAAUGCAUGUGAUUUAGAUGGAAAUGGAUUUGUGGAUAUUAAUGAAUGGCUUUUAUUAAAUAAAUAUAUAGAACCUUAAAAAUAUGAUGAAACUAAACUUAUAGAAAUAUUUGAAGAUGCUGCUGACAUGUAAUUAGAUGAUGAGAAAUAUCUAUCAUUUGAUAGAUUUUCAAUCUUAUGCAUGGAAUCAGAAUUAUUUAGUGAUGAAUAAUAAAAUAAGUUUCUCAAAGUUCGAAGUAAUUUUAUUAUUUCAUUUUAGAUAAUUCUGAAGUAGAGUAAAAAUUUUGUGAAUUAAGAAAGGUUUGGCUUAAUGAGUAUGUUUAAACAUUAAAUAAAAUCAAAAAACAUCCUAAAUUAGAGGAUGAUGAAUAGAAACAUUGGAUUUAAAUUUUAAAUAUUUUAAAUGAGAAGAUUUUAUUGAAUCCCCAAUAAAGCAAACCUUUAAUUAUUUCCUUCAAAAUACUCUAAGGGGAGAUUUAAUCAAAUAUUAAAAAUUGA